AUGCACCAUCCGGUACAGCCUCCACAGCAUUACCCCCCGCUGCCGCCUCUGCAGCCCCCACAGCGGACGUACUCCCCGUAUCAAGGCCUACAGUCACCCCCGGGCGGCAUGUCUCCUCCUAGUGGAGCCCCAGGAGCCGCAGGACCUCCCAACAAGCGGGCACGCCUUUCACCGACACCUUCCCCAUACUCGAAUUCACCAUAUGCCACGUCGCCGUACGCUACUUCUCCCACGGGCCAGUAUCUGUCGCCACAUCUAUCGCCGCAUGGGCCUCCUCCCCCGAGCGUGCAGCCUCCGAUGCCGCAUUUCCAUCAACCACAGCCCUUUUACCACCAGCAGCCGAACGACAACGCCUCCCGUGCUCCUGCAACUGGGUCUAUGGGACCACCGAAGGUCCCUUACAGCAAGACAACCGACAGUUCAGGCUUAGACAAAAUGGAACGAUCUACAAAUAUUAACGAUCUGAGCGACAUCAUUACGGCUGCCGGCAUUGACGAGCGCGAGGAGGAAGACUAUCUAUCCAGGAACUAUCGAAACCAACACAGCACAUCGUUUGUCGGCUCCUUCAACUCACAGUCAUCCUCAACUGUCUCACCCAAUGGUAGUUUCCAGUGGCCGCAAGGGCAGCACGGUGCAUUCCAGGGAGCCGGACCCCUCAGCCAGCCGCCUGUGACCGAGAAGACCUUCGAAGAGAAGCUUGAAGAAGCGCAUCGAUCAGCUGCCCGAGCUCUCAACGAAGCCCAGCAAUAUCAUCUAAACGACCCAUUUCUCGUUGCGAGCGCCGUUCGUCAUAAGCUUCACAAUGGAGGCUACGAGCAUGGCGUUGAAGUUGAUCUUAAUGGUCUCUAUGAUAGACUUCCCCAAACCGCCACCAACGUGCAGCAGAGAGUUGCCACCGGAGCCGACGGUUCAUCCAUCGCCGUGCGCCAAGCUGACAGUGUUCUGAGCAAGAACGCCCCCCUGGUCGACAUCCUUACCCUCAUAUCUCUCGCCGCCCAAGAGCGCAUUCGCACGGUUAUCGACGAUGCCUAUGGUCUGGCCCGUGGACGUCAAGUCGGUUCCAACGGCUUAGUUCCGCCAGAGUGGGCCGACAUCGCCACCGGAGUCAACGCAGAGCCAGCCACAGCAGUACCUACCAAUCUCACAAAGAGCGCAUGGGAGGCGCCGGACAGUGCCGUCAGCCCAAUGACGGUGCCAGGCCUUAAACCAUCCAGUGCUGGCGGUCUGCCUUCCCCACCAACCGAAUCUCCACCCAGCCCGAAAGCUACGGUCCAAAUUCCCAACAACCUUGCCUCGACCCUCAAGAAAUUAGCCGCCCGCGAUCGCCGAUACGAGCAAGAGCGUCUCGAACGUCGAGCCAAGCGCCAGAAGGUGUCUCUCACCCCUGCCGGUGCCUCUCCCACCGUUCCUGGUACACCAUCUGGCGAUGUGAUGGCGGAGAUGAAGCCCUUGUCGAAGAAGGAGCGUGACCGCCUCAGCAAGAUCGACCAGAGCCAGGACGUCCUUCACCGUAACGCCAAUGCUACAGCUAGUUUGGCCUUGGGCGGCGGAAAGAAAAAGUACAGCUGGAUGACGGGCGGUGCGAAGCCUGCAACGCCCAGCCGUAUCAACACAGGCGUAGGAGCUGGUAGUACUAGUGGUGGAAGCGGCGGCACAGGCCCGGUGGUUGACAGGCUGCUCGUGGCUAGGGAUCGUAAGUUCGGUAGUUUCAGAGAGGACGAGACCAAGGGGCGCGGCAUCCAGCUCAGAGAUAUCAUCCACGUGCUUGACUAUGAUGGUAAGGAGCGGAAGACGCUCAUGCGGACGUUGGCGAGGUUGAAGAGCAACGAAGUAUGA